CGCCUGCUCGCUGACGUCACGGCGCGCGCGCCGCUUCGCGCCUGCGCGGUGGUUAGAAGGUCGUCCCUGUGACCGGCAAAGCUGUAGGAGAAGCUGUCGCCAUGUUGUCGGUCGCUGCCCGCUCGGGCCCUUUCGCGCCUGUUCUGUCGGCUACGUCCCGCGGGGUGGCGGGGGCGCUGCGGCCCCUGGUGCAGGCUUCGGUGCCCGCCACCUCGGAGCCACCUCUGCUGGACCUGAAGCAGCCCUUCUUGUGCCGGGAGUCGCUGAGUGGGCAGGCCGCGGGCCGGCCUUUGGUCGCCUCCGUGGGCCUUAAUGUUCCUGCUUCUGUUCGUUUCUCCCAUACAGACAUCAAAGUGCCUGACUUUUCUGACUAUCGCCGAGCUGAGGUGUUAGAUAGUACAAAGUCUUCAAAAGACAGCAACGAGGCUAGAAAAGGCUUCUCCUAUUUGAUAACUGCAACAACUACUGUGGGUGCCGCGUAUGCUGCCAAGAAUGUCGUCUCCCAGUUUGUUUCCAGCAUGAGUGCCUCAGCGGAUGUGUUGGCCAUGUCGAAAAUCGAAAUCAAGUUAUCUGAUAUUCCAGAAGGCAAGAACAUGGCCUUCAAAUGGAGAGGCAAACCGCUGUUUGUGCGUCAUAGAACCAAGAAGGAGAUUGAGCAGGAAGCUGCAGUGGAAAUAUCCCAGUUGAGGGACCCACAGCAUGAUUUAGAACGAGUAAAGAAACCUGAAUGGGUUAUCUUGAUAGGCGUUUGCACUCAUCUUGGUUGUGUACCCAUUGCAAAUGCAGGAGAUUUCGGUGGUUAUUACUGCCCUUGCCAUGGGUCACACUAUGAUGCGUCUGGCCGGAUCAGGAAGGGGCCUGCACCUCUCAACCUUGAAGUUCCCUCAUAUGAGUUCACCAGUGAUGAUGUGGUCAUUGUUGGUUAGAGACUUGGACUCUUGUCACAGGCUUCUUUCAGUCUUCAUGUCACCAUAGAAGAGUUUCUGGAGAACGGGCCUUCUAUACUUCAAGUUGGUUAUACUUCUAAUAAUGUAUUUGCAGACAUUGUGGAUUAAAUUGAGUUAAAUGUUGAAUACUUUCAAGUAUUCACCUAAUAAAACCAUUUUUAAGCAUUGUUAAGCUCAGUCA